AUGGCAGACAAGCCAGACAUGGGGGAAAUUGCCAGCUUCGAUAAGGCCAAGCUGAAGAAAACUGAGAAGCAGGAGAAGAACACCCUCCUGACCAAAGAGACCAUUGAACAAGAAAAGAGGAGUGAAAUUUCCAAAAAUCCUAGACUGGAGGAUUCCCCCACCCCACACCGUCAUCUCCGAGACCCCCUUGUGAUUUGGAGGAAGAGCCACAAGCUCCACUGUGAACCCGGGCACUCCACAGGUCUCUGA